AUGUCUGGAUCCGGUUCCAAGGGUAAUUGGGAGGCCUCCUGCGUCACCGAGAAGGACAUCAAGGAGCUCCGGGGCGCGGGUUAUCUGUCAGCGGACAUUGUGCACGGGCUCCCCGCCAAAGAUCAGGUCCUCCCCACUCCAAAGCCCGGCGAAAGGGUCGUAUUCAUCCCUCAUUUCCUCCGAGGGCUGGGUUUUCCCCUUCAUCCCUUCGUCCGGGGCCUCAUGGCCGCGCCGAGCCUGUUCGGCAGCCGGCCGAAGAAACCCAAGGGCUCGGCGGCGGCGACUAAGUGGGAUGAAGCGACCGCUAAGUCCAUCCGCUUCCGCAAGACGGUGAAGGAGCCGCAGCUAGUGUCCGCGGUCCCGCUCUCUCUUGAGAAGUCGGCUGCCGCCUCCAUCAUUGGGUCGGCGGAGACUUCUGCCACCACCUGGCGAAUCGACCCGGCCGCGGACCUCCGGGAGGCAACGGAGCGAAACGCGCGGGAGGCGCGUGAGGAGCAGGAGGCCGCCCGCCUGGAGAAGGCGGAAGCGGAAAGGGAGGAGGCCGCCGCCCCGAAGAAGCUGGCGGAAGCCGAGGCAGCCGACUUCUCUGCGAAGAAGCAGGCUGAAGAAGCCGCACGCCGCCAGUCGGCGAUAUUCGUCACUCCCCUGAACUCCGCACCGCCACCACCGGAGUUUGUGGUGCAGAUUGGGGAAGCCGGCGGCGAGCACCCUGUCAUGGAGAGGGACAGCGGCGACGUCGCCAUGCCGGACGUAAUCGUGCCCCGGCCACCACCUUCUAAGGAAGCGCGGGACAAAAAGCCGGCUGAUCCACCGGCACCACCGGCCGGAGACGAGAUGGCGACGGAAACAACUCCUGAGGUCCGUACCACAAUGUGUCACCCGCUUGCAAAGGCGGCCUCGGCGCCACGCCCGCUGGAGACCGGCGCCGCAAGCUCCUCAAUCCCGGACACCGAGGUGACCAGCGCCACGCCCACUGGGUGGGUGCGGGGAGGCGGGACGGGCCCUCUGAACAAGGCGAUCCUGGACGUUCAAGCCAAACUCCGCGCCGAGGCCGACGCUCUCAAGCACUACAACAAGGCGUUCCUGGAAUCGCGAGAGGCCAUCCGGGAUUAUCAUAACCUCCGUGCAGCCGCCUUCAACUCCAAAGUCCAGGAGUUGGAUCAACGUGCCAUCGACUUAUCAGAGAGCCGGAAGGCCAACACCGCCCGGCAGCAGCAGCUGGGCGAAACCAAUACCGCGCUGCGUGCCAGGGAGGUGGAGUGCGGCAAGCUGGCUGAAGAGCGUGACCGGCUGGUCGCGCAACUGGCGGAGCAGACUUCUUCCCUGGUCAUUCUGACGCCGCCAAUCAGGCCAUUGAAGCUGAUCGCGAAGGACGGAGGGCGGAAGGAGGCCCAGGAGGAGCUAGUGGCAGUAGAGGAUGACCUUGUCAAGCGCGCGGCGGCAAUCGCCGAGUACACCGACACCAGCGUCUUCAUCCCGGAGCGGGCCGAGAACGGCGCCGAGGCGCCACCAGAAUGGGUUGCACUCUAUGCCACGCUCUGA